UGUGACGAGUUGUCCUGCUCGGGCUUGAGUAUAUAUAAAGGGCCAAGACCCUGGCGAUUCAACAAAUCUUACUGACAAGUAGACUGCAGAACCAAAGAAGAAACUUAAAGCGAAUCUCUUAACCAAAGCUAGACGCAGAAGAGCAACACAAUGAUUAGCCAACUUAUUUUUGCUUUCGCCAUCAUCGUUCCGUCCACAUAUGCAUUCAGAAUAGCCUGUUGGUACACAAACUGGUCACAGUAUAGACCAGGGGCUGGAAAAUUCUUCCCAGGGAACAUAGAUCCUAACUUAUGCACACACAUCUACUACGCCUUUGCUAACGUGGGCCUAGAGAACGGAGAGUGGGGCCUUCAGAUGAUUGAAUGGAACGAUGAAGCUAAAUACGCCGAGAUGAUGGCGCUGAAGAAAAUAAACCCCAAACUUAAGGUGUUGUUGGCAGCGGGAGGAUGGAACCACGGCACAGCAACAUUCAACUCCAUGUCCAAGCAGAGGUCUACAAGAGCCCAGUUUCUCAAAAAUGUCAUCUCCUUUUUGAGAAAGUAUAACUUUGAUGGUCUCGACUAUGACUGGGAAUACCCCGGGGAUGCUAAUAGGGGGAGUGGCCCCGAGACAAAACAACAGUUCUCUGAUUUAGUAAAGGAAUCGAGGGAGGCAUUUGACGCAGAGGCGGCAUUAAGUGGAUCCGAGCGCUUGUUAGUGACUGCCUCGGUCGGUGUGACUGCAGAGAAGGCAAAGAAUGGAUACGAUAUACCUGUCAUGAAUAAGUACCUUGACUGGACUAAUCUGAUGACCUAUGACCUCCAUGGCGCCUGGGAAAACUUCCUUGGUCACAACUCUCCUCUUUAUCCCAGAUCGGAUGAAACCUACCCCCAGAACCAACUCAACGCUCAUGUUUCCGUGGAGUAUUGGAUCGCUCAAGGGUACGACCCAGCUAACCUCCUCCUGGGAGUGGGUUCAUACGGACGCUCCUUCACCAUGCAGGACGCCAACAGACAUGACUUGGGGGAUCCCGCUUCUAGAGCAGGGAGUCCAGGGCCAUUUACCAGAGAAAAUGGAUUUUUGGGUUAUUAUGAGGUCUGCCAAAAUGCUUGGCCGAGUGUAUUCAACAGUGAACACAAAGUACCAUAUGCCUACGACAAAGUCUCUCUACAGUGGGUGGGGUACGAUGACAUGACAAGUAUGAGAAUUAAGGCUGAUUACGUAUGUGCCAACCAGCUGGGUGGAAUCCAUAUGUGGGCCUUAGACAUGGACGACUUCUCUGGCCAAUUCUGUAAACACGGGAUGAACUAUCCUCUCCUUAGAACUAUAAACGCUGGUCUUCAAGCAUGUAGUUCUCAACCUAGUACCCCUGCACCCACUGAUGCACCCACCCAGGCACCUACCACUGCACCAACUCAAGCCCCGACUGCUGCGCCAACUCAAAAACCCACCCAGGCACCUACCGCUGCACCAACUCAAUCCCCGACUGCUGCACCAACUCAAAAACCCACCCAGGCACCAACCCAGGCACCUACUCAAGCACCUACCGCUGCACCAACUCACAAACCCACCGCUGCACCUACCGCUGCACCAACUCAAGCCCCAACUGCUGCACCAACUCAAGCUCCCACUGCUGCGCCUACCCAACCUCCAACUACAGCAGCAAACGGAGAAUUCGUUUGCCCAAGUGAAAGCGGAUAUUUUCCACAUCCAAGCAACUGUAGAAAGUUCUAUCACUGCGCCAUGAAUAAAGCAUUCAACAAAAUCUGUCCGAAAGGCACGUACUACAACCCAAAGACCUACCUCUGCGACUACGAAUACAACGUGCCAUCUUGUGCCAAUGGAAGCCCCAUAGUUAUAGAACCAUUCGUAUGCCCCAGUGAUGGCAUCUUCCCCGACCCUGAUGAUAUUGGAUGUUACUACAACUGCGCCAAUGGUAACCCAUUCCACCUAUGUUGUCUGAACGGCCUGGUCUUUGAUACCCAAGACCUCAUCUGUAGAUUUGCCCUCCCAGAAGAACGCGAAAUCACAUUCCCUUAAAUUUCGAAAUUGUAAUUUGAGAAGAAAAUAAUGUGUAAAGUCUAAAUAUCAGUGUAUGUGAAUUAAGGCCUACGUUAUGCCGGUGAAAUGAUAUUGAUGAGGAACACGCUUAACAGUUUCUAUGGUUAUAAGACAGAAAUCUUUUAACCAGUUUCGGUUCACUCCCACUUGAACCAAAUUAUUUGUACUAUUUAGUAUUUAUCAAGUUUUCUCUUUUUGAAUCAUUGGAGUAUUUAUAUAUCAUGUAAAUGUGAAAUAAGUUUUAAGCUUUCAAUUUUUCUACAGAUUUUUAUAUUAAAGAUAACUAACAUAUUUUAUGAUAUCAUAUAAAGAUUUAAAUGGUUAUAUAGUUUACAAUCAGUAAUCUUUGAAUAACAUACUUUUGAUAAAUGUUUUUGUAUUGAUGAUCAUAUUUCACACAAUUUUCAAUAAAAAUAUUUGUAAGAAAAACUGA